GCAGCCUGCCUAAUAAUCCUCACUUCCACCCGGGACGCACUCCGGCGACGCUCCGUCUGCGCUUUUGAAGGAGAAAUAGAGGUAGAGCAGACAUAAGGCGCACAUUUCUCCGGACUUUGUGGCGCCGCUGUAUACGUAUUCUCUCGGCAAGGAUCUAAGUAGUUGGAUUGUGGAAGAUGGUGUCCGUCCUGCUGAUCUCAGCCUGGCUGCUGGCCGCCGUGGUGCCCGCACUGGGGGGCUACGUGGAGGCGCUGGCGGCCAACGCGAUCACAGGGUUCGGCGUGGCUGAGCCGCAGGUGGCCAUGUUCUGCGGCAAGCUCAACAUGCACGUCAACAUUCAGACCGGCCGCUGGGAGCCCGACCCGUCCGGCACCAAGAGCUGCGUGGGAACCAAGGAAGGCGUGCUGCAGUACUGCCAGGAGAUGUACCCCGAUCUGCAGAUCACCAACGUGGUGGAGGCCAACCAGCCGCUGCGCAUCGAGAACUGGUGCAAGAAGGAGAAGAAGGUGUGCAAGGGCCACGCCCACAUCGUGGUGCCUUACAAAUGCCUGGUGGGCGAGUUUGUGAGUGACGUGCUGCUGGUUCCCGAGAAGUGCAAGUUCUUCCACAAGGAGCGCACGGACAUGUGUGUGAGCCACCAGCAGUGGCACAGCGUGGCCAAGGAGGCGUGCUUCAAGACCGCCACCGUGCUGCAAAGCUACGGCAUGCUGCUCCCGUGCGGCACCGACAAGUUCCAGGGUACCGAGUACGUCUGCUGCCCGCCGUCCCACGCCGGCCGGCCCGACAUACCCGCGCCUUCCACCCCGCAGGAGGAGGAAGUAGAGGACGAGGACAUCGACGAGGCCGACCUGGACGAAGACGAGCCGAAGGAGAGCGAGGCGCCCGCCCACAAGGAGGAGCCCACGGGCGAUGACGAGGACGAGCAAUACGAGGAUGAGGAGGACUCGUACCACUACGUCGACGGGGACGAGGAGGUUAAGGAUGAUGAUGACGAUGAAAAUGACGAGGAGGAGGAGAGCAGCCGAAUGUCAGACAGUGGCGAGGAGGAUAAGACUCUCCAGGAAGUGAAAGCUGUGUGCACGUUGGAAGCGGAGACGGGCCCCUGCAGGGCCUCCAUGCCCCGCUGGCACUUUGACCUGAGCCAGAGGAAGUGCGUGCGCUUCGUCUACGGAGGCUGCGCCGGCAACCGCAACAACUUUGACUCGGAGGAGUACUGCAUGGCCGUGUGCAAGCGCCUGGCCACGCCCCCGACUCCUCAACCCACCGACGACGUGGACAUCUACUUUGAGACGCCGGCCGACGACAAGGAGCACAGUCGCUUCCAGAAGGCCAAGGAGCAGCUGGAGAUCAGGCACCGCAACCGCAUGGAGAGGGUGAGGAAGGAGUGGGAGGAGGCGGACCGCCAGGCCAAGAACCUCCCCAAAGCUGAAAGGCAGACUUUAGUCCAGCACUUCCAGGCCAUGGUGGAGUCCCUGGAGGAGGAGGCGGCCAGUGAGAAGCAGCAGCUGGUGGAGACCCACCUGGCUCGGGUGGAGGCCAUAUUGAACGACCGGCGCCGCCUGUCCUUGGAGAACUACCUGGCGGCCCUGCAGGCGGACCCCCCCAAGCCUCACCGCAUCCUGCAGGCUCUCAGACGCUACGUGCGCGCCGAGAACAAGGACCGCCAGCACAGCAUCCGCCACUACCAGCACGUCCUGGCCCUGGACCCCGAGAAGGCCGCUCAGAUGAAGUCGCAGGUGAUGACCCACCUGCGUGUGAUCGAGGAGAGGAUGAACCAGAGUCUCUCUUUGCUCUACAAAAUUCCUUACGUGGCUGACGAGAUUCAGGAUGAAAUUGACGAGCUCCUCCAGGAGCAGAAAGCCGACAUGGACCAGUUCUUGUCGUCCAUCUCCGAGUCGCAGCCUGACGUCACCGUGUCCUCGGAGGAGAGCGUGGAGGUGUCUGUGUCCGAGGGGAAGCUUUACCGACCCAUCAAGGUCACGUCCCUGGGGUCCCGUCCGGAAGCAGAAGGCGAUCUUUCUGGUCCCCCCCGAGCCUUCAAGAAAGGUUCCGCCAUGUCGGGGCUGGACGGACUGAUCGGGGCCGAGGAGAGGAUCAUCAACAGCAAGCCCAAGAUGGGUCCCAGCGUGGUGAUUGAUGAGUCUCUGGAUGUAAAAGAAGUUGUUUACAGUGCAGAGAGAGUCCGCAUAAUGCAUGAUGAUGAGCUGGAGACCUACAGGCCUCUUGGCGAGGACUUCAGCUUCGGCAGCAGCGUGCUGAUUGGCCUGCUGGUGAUAGCGGUGGCCAUAGCGACCGUCAUCGUCAUCAGCCUGGUGCUGCUGAGGAAGAGGCAGUACGGCACCAUCAGCCACGGCAUUGUGGAGGUUGACCCCAUGCUGACCCCAGAGGAGCGCCACCUCAGCAAGAUGCAGAACCAUGGCUACGAGAACCCCACCUACAAAUACCUGGAGCAGAUGCAUAUCUGAUCCUGCAGGGGGUGCUGUGGUGAAGCGAGUUAGGGCGGGCGGGGGUGUUUAUUAUUUUGGGUGGGCGUGACCAUACUACUGACCAAUAACAAAACGACGCUCAUUCGCAUACAUCCCACUUUGUGGCGUAGCGCUACUACUGCUAUACUUGUACCAUAGAGCUCCUUCUAGUUCAUCUUUGGACUUUGCAUUGUUGUUCAACUUUUAUUUUGAAACAAACAAAAAAAAAGCUUUCUUUAUUUUUUAGAUGUGAAUCGAAGCAAAAUGAAUUUUAAUGUUUUUCCUGUUCGCGGUUUCGCCUUUUCUGCUGUUUUUACCCCCCUCUCUUCACAAUUAAAAUCGGUGUUUUAUGCUCUUAGUCAUAAAAACAAAGGUUGUUUGUAUCGAUUAAAAAAAUGUACAGCGACAGGAGGGAAGGGUUUAUGGAAAGAGAUUAUAAAUAUUAUACCUAGAGAUAUAUUUGCAGGCGGGAGGGGGAGGAGGGUCGCCCUUAUAAGGACGCCAUCCUACAACUUCCUGUCCAAAUUGAAUGUAAAGUUGGAUUUUGCUCCCCUCAAACUAAUCAGACUCAUCCUGUGCCUCUUCACAGCCCAAAUCAUGACUUUGUAUUCGGUGCCACGUCUCGCUGGACUUUCGCUUGAUUUAUGAGAUUUUUCAGGUUCGGAAAUUUGGGAAUUGUGUCAAGUCCACAACCUAACCCUUGACCCCUAAAAAACGGACUUUUUUUUUUUUUUGCAUUUUAAUUGUUUUCAUCAUUAACAAAUCAGUUAAAUUUAAAGUUUAGAGGGCUGAAAUGUGGCCAUUUUGAACAACUUUUUCUUUAAAAUGCACUUUUUGCAGUUAUUCCAAACUGAAGAUACGCAUUUACUCUACACUCUGCCCCUUUGCUCCCUUUUGGUCCCCCAUUGACUCCCAUUGUAAACCAUCAUUUGCAAUGUACCGACAACAUGACAUGCUUUCAUGUUUUCACCACAAACACUGAAUGGAUCUCAAAAGUCUCCCUUUGGAAUGCAAGGAAAAAUCAUUUUGGGUGUAAUGACACUUCUUAACCAGUAACCAUGAGACGCAUUAAUCAUUCAUAGUGUUUUUUGCAGAGUUGAUGAUCCAAUUUGAAAAGUCUGCCAACAAAUGACCUACAUGCAAUAAACCAUGACCGUGAUGGAUUGUUAUUGCUAUAGAGAA